CACGGCAGGCCUCCGGCAGGGCUCGGCUUCCAUCUCCGGCCGAACAAUCGGCUCCGGCCCGAGGCCGAGGGUCCGGCGAUCCAUUCAGGGAAGCGGCGGUUCCGACACCUGCUUCAGGCUGUUGUCAUGGCGAAGAGUCAGGUCGGAGAAGAGUCGGCCGUAGGGUGUCAAACCAGAGUGAAGAGACUACAUAGCACUCAGGUUGCAAGAUCAACCUGUUCCAAAGCGAAGCCGUCUGCUACUGUUAAAGAUAUUACAGCAGAUAAAGAUACUUCAAAAGACCAGUUUUCUGUAGAAAAAUUGGAUGGAUGUAGGAGUGGCAAUACAUUAGACCUACAUGGAAAAGGAAUUAACAAGAUACAUAAGUUUGAAAAGUUGCCUGGAAUAAAGAUUUUGGACUUGUCCUGUAAUUCCAUAGAAGAAAUUGAGAAUUUGGACAAUAAUUAUGAAAUUACAGAGCUUAAACUAUAUGGUAAUAAUAUCAGGAAAAUCAAGAAUCUAGAGAGGUUGCAAGAGCUCCAAAUUCUCCAGUUGCAGUUUAAUCGCAUCACAAGUCUAAGGAAAGGUCUUCUCAGACUCCGGAAAUUACAGCGAUUGAGGCUGGACAGUAAUCAGCUGAUCUGUGUGGAAUCACGAGAGUUUUCAGGACUAUCCCAACUGACGUCUCUGGAUAUCAGUCAUAACCAGUUAUCUGACAUCACUGCCGUGAAUGUGUUGCCCUGCCUCGAGGAGCUGCUUGCAUCCCAUAACAAGUUGUAUGGGGUUAUUGAUCUCAGCAAAUGUAGUAAGUUACAGGAACUGGAUUUAUCCAACAACAAAAUAUCAGAGGUCCAAGGGUUGUCUUUACAGGAAAUGUUAACUUCUGUCAACCUCUCUAGGAAUGUCCUACGCAGUGCCGAAUGCCUUGGAUCUCUUUGUUCCUUGCAGGAGUUGAAUCUUGCUGAUAAUCAGCUGAAGUCUGUUUGCAGCUUCUCUGAACAAUUCCCUAACCUCGAAGUCCUUAAUGUAGUCAACAAUUACAUUGACUUCAGGGAUGGACUGAAAUCUCUGGCGCAGUGCUUCCACCUAGUGGAACUGAAUUUAGAUGGCAACAUAACUGAGACAUCAGAGGAAGAGCAAACGAUGCACUUCAUGGAAAUCUCUUACCUCAUGCCUCAGCUAGAACGGUUGGAUGGGGCUCCUCUUAACCCAUCCAAUAACAAGAAGCAGAAUGUUCCAGUUAUGCAGAAAACACCGGCUAGCGGUUCCCUUGAGAGUACGCAAAAAAUUGCAAGCUGCAUGAUGGAUUUUGAGUCCCAAGUGGAGGAUCUGCAACAAUCACUAGCCGAAAGGUUUAGUCAGGUAAAGAAUCUGAUGGCGUCCUUGCCUAAAAAGUUGCCAUUCAAACCUUCACAUACACUAACAGCGAGAUUGAGCCCAGUGCCUAUCUAUGGAUCCCAGCCACAAACAAGCUGCAGGAGUCGCUCCAGAAUUGAAGAAGCUAGAUCAUUUGCUGCCCAGCACUUUGAGAAGUAGUACGACUGUCAGAUCGAACAUUUCAAUCAAAAUCGCUUGCUUAGCCAGGACAAAAACAACAAAGAGCCAAAACACAAAGCCCAAGGAGGAAGCAGUUGUUACUGGUCCAGACGCUUGCAACUAACUUGUAUGAUGUAUAACCAGUAAAAUCGAUUUUUCCACUUCAAAGUUUAUUAGAUGAAAUCAGGUAUAGUGCUCAUACCUGUUUCACCAGACUGGCAGAAACAGCCCGUACACAACUUUGCUCUGUUAAGCUGAAAAAAAUUUUGCCCAACACUAUAUAAAAGAUACAAUUCCA